AUGGAGAUAGACGCCGAUGAGACGGUGGCGCGCGCCGCCGAGCCUCGCACAACAACUGAAGUAGAACCGGCCGUUGCGGCUACGAUUUCGGAGGAGGCUUCUUCUCCCACCGCCGACGCCCAUCAGCGGGAGGAGUCUCCGACGGGUGAUAAGGCGAUGCCUUCUUCGCCGACACCAACACCGCCACACUGCCUCGGUGCCCGCGGAUACGACGAAGAAUUCUGCGAUGUCGGCUCCUUCUUCGUUUACCAGCACGAGCCACGACAGCAGCAGCAGGUCGUGAAGGACAAUGGGAUGAUGGAUUUGGAGCUCUUUGGGGCUGCUCCUCCUCCUACCAAACAACAAGCGCCCACCCAUCUCCUGCAGUACAAGCUGAUAGACGGCUUGAGGAUCAAGUACGCUGCCGCUGUCGGCGGAGAGAACGAGGUGGAGGGUGAUGGUUUGGAGAUAGCAGGCCGGACGUUCCUUCUAUUGCAGCGACAGGUGGAUUCCAUGAGGCACGCUUUGGGCUCUGUCGCCGACUUUCGCUCCCCCGCGAUGGGGCCGGCGGACACCUCAGAGAACGACGAGGAAGAAGAGAGCGACAACAACACCGACGCUACCGCUAACGGCGGCGGUGGCAGCGGUGCAGCAGCAGCCAACGGCAAGCGGAAGCAACAACGACCACACCAAGCGCUCGAUGAAGUGUUCGCUCUCUCCAACACGGAAGACAACGAGUCUCUGCAGGGGCUUGUCCGCAGCAGGGGGUCCCUGUGGAUCGGAAAGUUUGGCUUGCCCUCUCCCCCCGCGGGCGAGGACGAGUCGGAGCUGGUCGAUAUCUGGCCUAGAAAGGUAGCCCGCUUCGUCGAAGACGGCGGCGGCGGCUCCUUCCCCCUCGAGGGGAAGCCCAACACGUUCGGGUCUCUCGCCGCGUCGAAGGAGGGCAGCGCCAGCCGCGGGGGCGCCGUAGAAUGCGCUCGUCGGGCCCACGGGUUGAUAGCCCAGGCGCUGGGGGAGCUCCGCCCGCAUGUACCAACACCACCGAAAGAAGAGGAGGAGGAGGAAGUCGAUAACAACCCUGCCUCUCCGUCGCUGUCGUCGCCCUCCCUUAAGCCCGGUCGCGGCGGUAAGGCGGGGGGUUCGGUAGUAGGCUCGGGUGGCGUUUCUUCUGGUUCUCCGAAAGCGGCGGCGGCAUCGCCGGGGAAGGUUAAGCCUGUGCCCAUGUCAGCGGGCGACAGCGAAGAGGAAGACACGGAGGAGGAGAGAUCGGGGGCUGCUGCAGGCCAAGGUACGGCGGCGGCGGGCGGAGCAGGAGGGAGGCGGGGGCGAAAGAGGCAGAGGGUCAAGGGCGAGGCGGUGGCGGAAGGCGGCGGCGGCGGCGCAGGCGCCUCGUGCCGGCUUCGGGGGCGGGAGGCAAGCAACGGCGUGGAAGACAUGGACGAUGACUCGGACGAUGAUGACGAUGAAGGGGGGGCGGAGAGCCGCGGGGACAACGCCGGCGGGCCGGCGGGAGCGGGAGAGAUGACCGUGGCGGCCGUGCGCGAGUCCCUCCUCAGCAACCCUUCCGAGGAGAGGAAGCCCGGCCCGUCGCCGCAGGAGUGGGAGGUCGCCGUCAAGAAGUUCAUCUCGCACGUCGAGAGCCUUCCUCCCGGCACGGAGCAGGAGGAGCUGUCGCUCAUGUUCGCCGCCGCGCUCGACCCCACCCUCGUUAGGCUGCGCAUGGCCAACACCAAGCUCGUCGGCCUUGCCGAGGCGUGCUUGCCGCAGGGGGAGGGGGAAGCCCCCGGCGACGAUGAUGGCGAAGACUCCGACAGCGCGAACGGCGGCGGAGCCGGUAAGGGCGGAGCGAAGAAGAGCGGUUUCAAGGUCCGCCUGGAGCUGGAGGCUCCGGAGGAAGGGGCGCCGCCCCCGGACGGGAUAGCCGGGGUGCUCCGGGCGGUGGCGGGGGCGGCGGCGGCGGUGGAGGCGGCAGCUAGGGUAGAGGCGUGCGUGAUCUGUGGAGGAGACACCCUCGGUGGUCUGGGCGAGAUCAAGCGCGACUACAAGCGGUGCUUGCCGCCCGGCCCCCGCGAACCUCUCCAGUUCAUCAUCGCCGAGGAGGAGGCGAGAGUGCAGGGGUACGUGGGCGCACACGAACAGGUCCUUCGCGAGGCGGGAGAAACGGUCCACGAGGUAGGCCCCGAGGUCGGGCGCGCUUACCGCGCCGUGGAGCGGGAGGCCGGGUGGAGCGGAGUGAGAGACCAGGUCGAUGCCUUCUUGAUCGAGUUUGAAGACUACUGUGCGUCGCUCAUGCCGGCCCCGCUGUCCACGAGUCGUAGCAUCCUGGGCGUUGAUCUCGCGGCCGCUAGACGCGCCGCCGCCGCCGCCGCCGCCCCCGCCGGAGCAGCAGCAGCAGCAGCAGCAGCAGGCUCUGCGACCAAGCCUGUGAAGGCGGCAUGA